UUCUGCUGGCUGGCUGGCUGGGCGCAGGAGGCAGGUGCCCCCCACCCCGCCCCACCGCCACGCGUCGCCCGGGGCCAUGGGCUGCUUCUCGGCGGCUUUGCUGGCCAGCGCCGCCUGCACCUUCGUGCUGCCCCUGCUGCUCUUCCUGGCCGCCGCCAAGCUCUGGGAGUUGUACUGCGUGCGCGGCCGGGAUGGCGCCUGCCCCCUGCCCCUGCCGCCCGGCACCAUGGGCUUGCCCUUCUUCGGCGAGACGCUGCAGCUGGUCUUGCAGCGGCGGAAAUUCCUGCAGAUGAAGCGCCAGAAGUACGGCUUCAUCUACAAGACGCACCUCUUCGGGAGGCCCACGGUGCGGGUGAUGGGGGUGGAGAACGUGCGCCACAUCCUGCUGGGCGAGCACCGGCUGGUGGCCGUGCAGUGGCCCGCCUCGGUGCGCACCAUCCUGGGCUCCGGCUGCCUCUCCAAUCUCCACGACGCGCAGCACAAGCACCGCAAGAAGGUCAUCAUGCGGGCUUUCUCCCAAGAAGCGCUGCAGCACUACAUCCCCGUCAUCCAGGAGGAGGUGAGCGCUUGCCUCAAGCAGUGGCUGGCCAGCAGCGGAGGGGAGGGCGACGCCGCCUGCCUGCUCGUCUACCUGGAGGUGAAGCGCCUCAUGUUCCGCAUCGCCAUGCGCAUCCUGCUGGGGUUCCGGCCCAGCCAGACCGGGCCCGACAGCGAGCAGCACCUGGUGGAGGCCUUCGAGGAGAUGAUCCGCAACCUCUUCUCCCUGCCCAUCGACGUGCCCUUCAGCGGCCUCUACAAGGGCUUGAGAGCGCGGGACAUCAUCCAUGCCAAGAUCGAGGAGAACAUCCAGGCCAAGCUGGCCGGGAAGGAGCCCGCCGACGGCUAUAAGGAUGCGCUGCAGCUGCUGAUGGAGCACACGCAGAGCAACGGGGAGCAGCUCAACAUGCAGGAGCUCAAAGAAUCUGCAACCGAGCUGCUCUUUGGAGGGCACGAAACCACUGCCAGUGCUGCUACAUCCCUCAUCACCUUCUUAGGCCUUCACCCGCAAGUCCUGCAAAAAGUGAGAGAGGAACUGCAAGCUAAGGGAUUGCUGGGCAACGUAAGCCAGGAUAAAAAUUUGGGAAUGGAAGUGUUGGAACAGCUGAAGUACACAGGCUGCGUCAUCAAAGAGACUCUCCGGCUGAGCCCACCAGUUCCAGGAGGAUUCCGAGUGGCUCUCAAGACUUUUGAGUUAAAUGGAUACCAGAUUCCUAAAGGUUGGAAUGUUAUCUACAGUAUUUGUGAUACCCAUGACGUUGCAGAACUCUUCACCAACAAAGAUGAAUUCAACCCUGACCGAUUCAUGUCCCCUUUCCCAGAAGAUGCAUCCCGAUUCAGUUUCAUUCCUUUUGGAGGUGGCCUGAGGAGCUGUGUAGGCAAAGAGUUUGCAAAAAUCCUUCUCAAAAUCUUCACUGUAGAGCUGGCCCGGAACUGUAACUGGCAACUUUUGAAUGGUCCCCCCACAAUGAAGACAGGCCCCAUAGUAUACCCAGUGGACAAUCUGCCUACAAAAUUCACAAGAUUCAAUGGUCAAGUCUAAUAAGUUUCCGAGUAGUGUCUUGGUGGUCCUAACUUAAUUUUUUGAUGCAUUUAAAGUGUAUACUACAGCUUUUUUUUAGUGCUCUAAACUCAUUAUUAUAUUUAAGUGUAUGAUAGCUAUUUAUGUGUUUUCUAAGAAUAUUUUAAAGCUAUUUCAUAUAUUUUGGACUGGUUUUUCAAGCAAGCACUAUAAUUAUGGGUCCUCAGGAUUCAUAAUUGGAUAAUUUUAUUUCUAUAGAAAUAAAGUAUCCUAUUUAAGGACUUUAUUCAAAGCUUGUUUACUAAAUAUAGUGAAGGUAUUUAAGAAUCUGUAUGUGUAUCUGUGGAUGCACUCAGAAGUGAAAAUGCAAUGAGUUGUAUAUAUACCCUGAACCAAAAAGCCACACUAUGGCUUAUGUCUAAAUAAAGAUUUUGAGAAACAGGA